CUGCAGGCGGCAGUAUAAGUGCGGCGCCUCCCUCCUGAGGAGCAGCACAACUCUCGCUCUCCCUUCAGCAGCGCAUGGAAAUGGAGCAGCAGAUGGAGCGGCAGAAGAGACGCGGGAUGAGCAAGGAGGACCUGAUCUCCGAGCGCACCGGCUCUCUGGGAUGCUGCGGCUGGUUCAUCGUCAUCCUGUCGGGCUUCUUCACGCUCGUGACCUUCCCGCUCACCAUCUGGUUCUGCGUGAAGAUUGUUCAGGAGUACGAGCGCGCCGUCAUCUUCAGACUGGGCCGCAUCACCGACCGGAAGGCCAAGGGACCAGGGAUCUUCUUCAUCCUGCCGUGCACCGACUCCUUCAUCAAAGUGGAUCUGAGGACCAUCUCCUUCGACAUCCCACCGCAGGAGAUUCUCACCAAAGACUCGGUGACCGUCAGCGUGGACGGAGUGGUCUACUUCCGGGUCAGCGACCCCAUCGCAUCCGUGGCCAACGUGUCCAACGCCGACUUCGCCACGCGGCUGCUGGCCCAGACCACGCUGCGGAACGUGCUGGGGACCAAGAACCUGGCCGAGGUCCUGUCUGACCGCGAAGGCAUCGCCCACAGCAUGCAGUCCAACCUGGACGAGGCCACGGACGACUGGGGCAUCAAGGUGGAGCGAGUGGAGAUCAAGGACGUCAAGCUGCCGGUCCAACUGCAGAGAGCCAUGGCUGCCGAGGCCGAGGCGGCGCGAGAGGCCCGAGCCAAGGUGAUCGCAGCCGAGGGGGAGAUGAACGCCUCCCGAGCGCUGAAGGAAGCCUCGCUGGUCAUCGCCGAGUCUCCGUCGGCGCUGCAGCUGCGCUACCUGCAGACCCUCAACACCAUCGCGGCGGAGAAGAACUCCACCAUCAUCUUCCCUCUGCCCAUGGACGUCAUGUCCCACUUCAUGAGGAAGUGAGGCCUGGAAACCACACCUGAAGCUUUGCUGUUGAAUCCACGCUUGUGUGCUGCAGAUUGUCCACGCUAGGGACGGGCGACUUGGACCAAAAAAGUUAUCACGAUAAAUGUUUUAGAAGUUAGAAAUCAGCUGAAGAAAUGACCAUGGAGUCAGAGUCUAUUCUCCAGAUCAUGAUCCCAACUGUCAGUCCUUUGUCUUGUGUGGUGAAAAACCUUGUCACAGUUCUCUCUCUCCUAAAAUGCUUGUUUUCCAUGGCCUUAUUGAAGAUGUCACUCAGACUUUGAGGCUUUAGAAUUUGUUGAUGGUCCCUGACUGAUGGCGGCUCCUAGCAUUAGUGCUGCCUGUGAGAGUGUGUCCUCCAUCAGUGAAGCCUCAUGGGGACGCGGAAGAGGACGCCACCGUG